GGGAGGCAGAGGUUGCAGUGAGCUGAGAUCGUGACACUGCACUCCAGCCUCAGUGACAGAGUGAGAGUCCGUCUCAAAAAAAAAAAAAAAAAGGUCGGGCGUAGUGGCUCACGCCUGUAAUCCAAGCACUUUGGAGGCCAAGGCGGGCGGAUCACCUGAGGUCGGGAGUUUAAGACCAGCCUGACCAACACGGUGAAACCCCGUCUUAAAAAAAACAACAACAAAAAAAACACCAUCGGGUCAACAAGGUGAAACCCUGUCUCUACUAAAAAUACAAAAAUUAUCUGGGCAUGGUGGUGCGUGCCUGUAAUCCCAGCUACUAGGGAGGCUAAGGCAGGAGAAUUGCUUGAAUCCAGAAGGCCGAGGUUGCCGUGAGCCAAGAUCGCGCCAUUGCACUCCAGCCUGGGUAACAACAGCGAAACUCCGUCUCAAAAAAAAAAACCAAAAACAAAACAAAAACCAAAACAACAACAACAACAACAAAAAAAAAAAACAGAAAAAAAGACUGGGCGUGUGGGUCUUGCCUGUAAUCCAAGCACUUUGGAGGCCAAGGCGGGCAGAUCACCUGAGGUCAGGAGUUCAAGACCAGCCCGACCAACAUGGUGAAACCCCGUCUUUAAAAAAAAAAGAAAAAGUAAAACCGCAGCCAUCUAUCACUACAAAAUAACAUUUAUCUCAUUGGUCUUCCUGUAAGACUGAUAAAACAUUCCCAGAUUAAUUGAAUAUAAGUUAGAAUCUCAAGCAAGGAAUACUAAGAGGAAAAAAGUAUUGCUCGAGGAACUGCACACUAUAACUGAUUUUAUGGCCAAGAGAGUUGUUUUCUUUGGAAAUCACAGAGAGAGAUUCACCAUGUAUUCCUACUUUCGGGAGCACAACAUCUCUCCUCUAUCUUCCUUGUCUUGUCCCAUCUGGAUUAGUUCUCUCUUGUCCCUGACAGACUGAGAAACUGACUCUAAUGCCUUAGAGCGCACAAUAAUAUUUAUCAGCCUCUGCUAACAGUACAGGGAUUUUGCGACUGAAGGACUCUUCCAAACGGUGUGAUAGUUUGGGUUUUUUAGCCUUUGGGGCAUCCUAAAUAAUUUUAGCGUCGGAGAGCUGAGUUCCCCAGAAUCUAAAAUAGUUUUUCCAAAUACUUGAGUGAUCAGUUAUAGACAUUAAUUUCCAAAAAAUGUCAGUACGGGUUCUAAGGCUCGUUAAGACUAUCCUCUACCGUAGAAGGACCCGUACUUAAGGACAGAUCACCGAGGUGGAGCUGGACCUUUCCUGCAGAAGCUCCUUCUUUACCGCCUUGGAACCUUAGGAAACUACAUAACCCAGAAAUCUCUACAUCGCAUGACAGCUUGUCGGAGCCAAUGAAGGCUCAGAAUAAAGGUGUUUCCGCGAGCGCGCGUAAUUUAAAGGCGGGACUUCCGGCGUCCUCUACUAGCGGCCAUUUUGAUUGGUGUUAGGUGUGUUUUCCGGUGACAGACCUCGGAGCGCUGGAUCGGGCAGACGUGAGUGAACCCAGAAGGUGGAGAGGAGACGUUGUCCCGACGGCACAACGGCUGCUCUGCCGUUCCUCGAAGGCUCUAGGCGUGACCAGCACCAACGUCGGGAUCUGGACCACGGUGCCCGAGUACCUGCCCUGCUCGCCACCUCCUCCCGACCCCGCUUUCCCCACCCAGUCUGAUGGCGGCGGCCGCGCGGAGGCUCCCGGCUCAGGGCACUGUGACCUUUGAAGAUGUGGCUGUGAAGUUUUCCCAGGAGGAAUGGAGUAUCCUUACUGAGGCUCAGAGAUGCCUUUAUCAUGACGUGAUGCUGGAGAACCUGGCACUUAUAUCUUCUCUAGGUUGUUGGUAUGGAGCAAAAGAUGAGACACCUUCUAAGCAGACCCUUUCUAUACAACAGCAGUCUCCCCUCAGGUCACAUUGGACAGGAGUAUGUACAAAGAAGGCCCACCCCUGGGGAGUGUGUGGCCCUCUCCUGGGAGGUACCUUACACCAGGGAACACAACACAAUCAGAAAUUGAAUAGUUUUGGGGCAUGUGAAAAAAAAUUAGAUGACAGUGCAAACCAUUAUCAAGAUCAGAAGCAGCACAUUGGAGAGGAAUCAUACAGAAGCAAUGCCAAGAAAACAUCAUUUGUAAAGAACUGUAAAUUCCAUGUGUUACAUGAGCCAUUUAUCUUUCAUGAGAUUGGGAAAGACUUUUUGUCCAGCUUGAGAUUAUUCCAACAAGAGGACAUUCACACUUCAGGGAAGUCAAAUAUUGAAACUAAGCAUGGGACACCCUUUCAGGGUGGAAACACUCAUUACAUUUGUGGAGAGUCCACAAUACCCUUCAGCAACAAAUACUCACUUGCCCUUCACCAGAGACUUCUCCCUAGAGAAGGACCUUAUGUGUGCAGUGAUUCUGGGAAAUUCGUUAGCAAAAGUAAUAGUUUCAAUAAUCAUCAGGGAGUUCACACUGGAAAAAAACCUUAUCAGUGUGGACAGUGUGAUGAAUCAUUUUGGUAUAAGGCCCAUCUCACUGAACACCAGAGAGUUCACACUGGAGAAAGACCUUAUGAGUGUAGAGAAUGUGAUAAAUCUUUUAGUCAUAAGCACAGUCUUAUUGACCAUCAGCGAGUUCACACUGGAGAAAGACCUUAUGAAUGUGAUGAAUGUGGGAAAUCUUUUAGCCAUAAGCGCAGCCUUGUUCACCACCAGCGAGUUCACACUGGAGAAAAACCUUAUCAGUGUGGAGAAUGUGGGAAAUCUUUUAAUCACAAGUGCAACCUCAUUCAACAUCAGCGAGUUCAUACUGGAGAGAGGCCUUAUGAAUGUAUGGCAUGUGGGAAAUUAUUUAGGAGCAACUCCCAUCUAAAGGAGCAUCAGAGAGUUCACACUGGAGAAAGACCCUAUGAGUGUAAAGAAUGUAGGAAGUCAUUUAGGUACAAGUCACACCUCACUGAACACCAGAGAGUUCACACUGGGGAAAGGCCAUAUGAGUGUAGAGAAUGUGGGAAAUGUUUCCAUCAAAAGGGCAGUCUCAUUCAACAUCAGCAGAUUCACUCUGGAGAAAGGCCACAUGAAUGUGGAGAAUGUGGGAAAUGUUUUCAUCAAAAGGGCAGCCUCAUUCGACAUCAGCAAAUUCACUCGGGAGAAAGGCCACAUGAAUGUGGAGAAUGUGGGAAGUGUUUUCGUCAAAAGGGAAACCUCAUUAAACAUCAACGAGUUCACACAGGAGAAAGACAUCAUGAAUGUUGAAAAUCUGGCAAAUCUGGUAAAAAGGGUACCCUCAUUCAACAUCAGUGAGAUCACACUGGAAAGAGCUUAUGAGUGUGGAGAAUGUGCAAAAUCUAGUCAAAAAGUUGGCCUUAUUCAACAAUAGCAAGAUCACAGUGGAUAAAGGCCUUUUGAGUGUAGAGAAUGUAUGAAAUCCAGUACAUAGAAGUUUUACCUCAGAAAAUAGCAAAGGAGUCACACUGGAUAAAGACCUUACGGUUAUGGGAAAUUACUUAAGAAGUACCCCCUCACUGAACACAAGAGUUCACAGUUGAGAAAGGCCAUAUGACUGUAAGGAAUUUGUGAAAUUAGCCAGAAGAGCUGCAUUACUAUUCACAGAGCAGUCACAAUGGAGAAAGGCCAUAUAAAUGUGAGAAAUCAUUUUCCUACAGCUCUGCACACCAUGUUCAUAAGAGUUCACACUGGACAAGGCCUUAUGAGAACUUCGAAUAGAAAAUCCUUUGUGGGAAAACUGGUCUCAUUAAACACAGGAGAGUUCAUACUAGAGAAAGGCUUAACAGUGUAGCAAAUGUGGAAAGACAUUUACCAGAAGCUCUACCCAGCGAGUUGACACUAGAGAAAGCCCUUCUCAGUGAAGUAAAUUUGGAAAAUUGAUUAGUCAAACCUGUAUGACUUCAAGAUCAAAGUUCACACUGGAUCAAGGGUUUAUGGUAUGACAAAUGUGGCACAUUCUUUAUCUAAACGUCUAGCUUUAUUAUGCAUAGACAAGCUCCUGUUGUGGAAGUGCCUUUUGAGUGCAGAGAGUUUGAUGAAGGCUUCACUCUUCUUUCAUUGGAUACCAGAAUGUUGACAGAAGAAAAACACCAUAGAUGGACAGGAAUAUUACUUCUUGUCAAGUGUAACUCUGGGAGAGGGCACUUAUGAGGACACCAUCAACCUAUACUGAAUGUCAUACGUCCAGUAGCUGCAUGAAUUCCAGGUAUAUGGGAGCUGUAUUGCAUUUCUCAUUUUGCGUAUGUCCCUUGCCAGAUUUAUUUCAGUUAGGUUUCUGGCAAAAGCCGUUUUACCUCUACCACUUUGCUGGUACCCAGAGUGUCUCACUCAUGCACUCCGUCAUAUUCCAGAAACAGAGUUCAACUGUCUCCCAUUCAGCAGUGGGAUUUUUGAGUAGCUUCUGCACUCGUUCCUUUCUAAUUUCUCUUUUUAUUUUUUAAUUAUUUUGUUUUUUUGAGAUGGAGUCUCACUCUGUCACCCAGGUUGGAGUGCAGUGGUGUGAUCUCAGCUCACUGCAACCUCCACCUCCCUGGUUCAAGCAAUUCCCCUGCCUCAGCUUCCUGAGUAGCUGGGAUUACAGGUGUGUGCCACCAUGCCCAGCUAAUUUUUUUGCUCAAACUCUUGAUCUUGUGAUCCACCUGCCUAGGCCUCCCAAAGUGCUGGGAUUACAGGCAGGAGCCAUUGCGCCUGGCUGCCUUUCUCAUUUCUCUAUGAGGAGUUGGGCCAUGGACUUGCUUCGGUUUUGGCCUAGAGCAGAAGUGUCCAAUCUUUUGGCUUCCCUGGUCCACAUUGGAAGAAUGAUUGCCUUGUGCCACAUGUAAAACACACUAACAGUAAUGAUAGCUGAUGAGCUUUUAAAAAAUCGCAAAAUACCGUCAUAAUAUUUUAAGAAAGUUUACAAAUUUGUGUUGGGCUGCAUUCAAAGCUGUCCUGAGAUACACUCGGCCCAUAAGCUGCAGGUUGGACAAGCUUGGCCUAAAGAAUUUUUCUGAUUACCUGAGAAGAUGGAUUGACUUUCCUAGGAAUCUUGUGAUUCUCACGAUUCUUAAGAUGGAUUUUUGCAGCUUCUAACUCAGCAACCCAAGCACAACCUGCCUCUCAUUCUUCCAGUUUCUGCUGUGAUGAAGUUCUUAUUUAAGCUUCAGUGUUGGGAAUUGUAUUCACUGUAUUGUGUGAAUUGUUUAUUCAUUGCUUUGUGUGGUUUGGAUACGACAUGGUUCUGGUCCCAUGAAGGGUUGAAUAGCUUUUGUGACUCUGAGGGGACAGUAUGAAGGCAGAAUAUAGCUCUGCAUUUGUGGCCUAGUUUGGAUGGCUGUCUAAGGCCUCCAAAGAAAGACUUCAGGGCUUUGUGGUCUUUAUUUUUAGACCAAAUAGUGCAAUAAUUUGUGUUUUCAUUUUUGUGACACACUGUAGUGCUUCUGAGAACAGAACAAAAUUCUUCUCUAGUUUACAGGGAAUAGCAUUGUGCUCAUACUAGUGAAAGAAAUCAGUUCUCCAGUCCUGCAGUGCAUUCAUGUGUCCUAAGUCCAGAACUCUGUAGGAUAGUGUCCUGCAUUAUACCUGGAGGAAGAAGUCAUAAUCUUUUAAUUUUUAUUUUUUAGGGACAUGCUGUCACUCUGAAACUCAGGCUGGAAUGCACUGGCAUGGUCAUACCUCACUGCGGCCUCAAACUCCUGGGCUCAAGUGAUCCUCCUGCCUCAGCCUCCCGAGUACCUGAGAUUAGCCCAGGUAAUUUAAGAAUUUUUUGUAGAGAUAGAGUUUUGCUAUUUUACACUGACUGAUGUUGAACUCCUGGCCUCAAGCAAUCCUCUAGCAUAUGCCCUCGAAAGCACUAGGAUUAUAGGUGUGAGCCACCAUGCCCGCCCACAAAAGUUUUUUUUAUAGAAUUAGCAUUUCUAGGUAGUCAAGCAGACUGUGACAGAAUAGUUGGAAUGUACUUUUUUUUUAAAAAGGCACCCCCAGUGAUUCAGUUUCUAUGUCUGUGACGGACAAGCAGGUACAGAAAUUUUCAGAACCUCUGUAAUUAGGAAUCUAGUGUAGCUCAGGUCAUUGUCAGAGUAAAUCUAAAGGUUUUGUGGAUUUCUAUAGCCUAUCUGGGCUGCUUACCAAAAAGCUAUCCCUGAAUUACUAGGAGGAAGAGGAUAAAGAGAAGGGAAACCUCUUAGUCUAGUGAUACGUCCUUGGCAAACAGCCAGCAUUCCAAUUUAGUCAGGUGGAAAUGGUCUUCCUGGUUCAUAAGUGUUUGCUGUCACAGUCUAGUUGCCCCCUUAGAGUGUGAUGAGAGUUAGCAGAGUCAAAAUUGAAUACUGUUAAAUCCAGAAAGUUCUUUCAAAUUAAGUUUUUAAAACUGUAAUAAGACUGGGCAUAGUGACUCAUGUAUCCCAACACUUUGGGAGUCCAAGGUGGGAGUAUUGCUUGAGGUAAGGCGUUUGAGACUAGCUUGGGUCCCAUAGUAAGACCCUGUUUCUUAAAAACAAAAAAUACUGUCUUUCUCUCUGGCCUCUCCAUCCUCCAAACAAUCACUGAAUUAUAAUAUUUGCUUAACAAUAGAUUAGUGUCAGUUUUCUGGAAUUUUAUAUGACUAACAUGUUUCAUCUUUUCAUACCUGAGCACUCUCCUGAGUCCUAUUUAUUUUCAUGUUCUUUUUUCUUUAUUUUUUAUUAUUUCACAUAGCAGGAUAUAUAUUUUGACAUUCAUCAAUCAUGAUAUAUAAGUAGUUCAUUCUUUUUAUCUUAGAAUGUGACAUGCUAUAAAAAUCACUGUAUAUACUGCUUAUGGAUAUAUUAUUUCUUCUUGUUUUUGUCUGUUAGAAAUAAAACUGCUUGUUACGUACAUUUGAAUGCA